CCAUUACCUUUUGGAGUUUGCGUAAAUUGGUCGUUGCACUGUCUGCGUGUUACAAUCAUCAUCUUUGUUAGUGACAGUUUUCAGUGCGUUGCAUCGCAGUGUUUUAUUGAAACAAAGAGUAUCGACGUUAUAUCGUAUGUCCAUCCAGAAUCUCAACACAUUCGACCCAUUCGCCGAUGCUAUCAAAAGCUCGGAAGACGAUGUUCAAGAUGGAUUAGUCCACGUGCGGAUCCAGCAGCGGAACGGGCGUAAGACAUUAACAACGAUACAGGGCCUCUCCUCGGAAUAUGACUUGAAGAAGAUCGUGCGGGCAUGCAAAAAGGAGUUUGCGUGCAACGGUACAGUAGUGGAACAUCCCGAAUACGGAGAAGUUCUGCAACUGCAAGGCGACCAACGUGAAAACAUUUGUCAGUGGCUCACCAAGUCAGGCCUGGUGAAGCCCGAGCAACUUAAAGUACACGGUUUUUAGACCGCAACAUGACGUGUGACAUCAUCAUAGUUUCUAAAUCGUGCGCGUAACCUAUCGAAUAAUGUAUUUAGAAAGCACAGAUAUAUACAGAGAUUAUAUCGAAGAGGCCUGCUUCGCGCCCUGUGCCUUGCUGUCUCCCAUUAAUGUAAAAAAUAAAUAUAUAACUAAUCAACGCCGUCUUCACGGACAGCUUUAGUUGCAAUUAAUACCGAACGAAAUAGUUAAUAACUCAAGUUUUGUUUUUUACUACAUAAUUAUUAAAUUGCUGUAAUAAGUAUAUGAUGUGUCUCAAUAAUUAAAAACAUGUUUUUGUA